AUGAAGCCGUCUGUCUUCCUGGCCAUCCUGUGCUUAGGAGUGGCUGCAGCUGCUCCAUUUCCUGAUUACAGUUUAGAUGCUGAGUGGGAAAAGUGGAAGAAGAGCAAUGAGAAAGCAUACAGUCCAGAGGAAGAAAAACAGAAGAGAGCAGUAUGGGAAGAAAAUGUGAAAACAUUCAAACUGUACAAUAGGGUGAAUGGCCUGGAGAUGAAUAACAUCACUGUAGAAAUGAAUGAAUUUGGUGACAUGACUGCUGAAGAAAUGAGGAAACUGAUGAAUGACGGUUUAGUUCUGACACUAAAAAAUGGGAAACGCAUCCAGAAACGUGGGAAUGUCAAAGUCCCCAAAACUUUCGAUUGGAGAAGGGAAGGCUUUGUGACUCCUGUGGGAAAUCAGAGAAGAUGUGGUGUAUGUUGGGCUUUUGCUGUGGCUGGCUCCAUAGAAGGACAGCUGUUCAGGAAAACAGGCAAACUGACCCCACUGAGUGUACAGAACCUAGUGGACUGCUCCAAAUCUUUUGGCACUAAUGGCUGUAAGGGUGGCAAACCUUAUGGUGCCUUCCAAUAUGUGAAGAAAAAUGGUGGUCUGGAGGCUGAGGCAACCUAUCCAUACGAAGCCAAGGAUGGACUAUGCAGGUACCGUCGUGAACGUUCUGUUGUUAAGAUCAACCGUGUUUUGGUUGUCCCAAGUAAUGAAGACGCUCUAAUGAAUGCUUUAGUAACUCAUGGACCCAUCACUGUUGCAAUUGAUGCUAAACAUGACUCUUUUAAAAGAUACAGAGGAGGUAUAUAUCAGGAGCCAAACUGCAACUCGACUUCUCCUAACCACAGUAUGCUGUUGGUUGGCUAUGGCUAUGAAGGUGCAGAGUCAGAAAACAGGAAAUACUGGCUAGUAAAGAACAGCCAUGGGGAGCGAUGGGGAGAAAGAGGCUACAUGAAGAUUCCCAGAGACCAGAACAACUUCUGUGGAAUUUCUUCCUAUGCCAUGUACCCUAAAUUGUGA